CACCACAUUGCCCUUCCCUGCCAUACUCAAAUCCAAACCGGCCGCGCGCAUCAUCCGGAGGACCGUGCGCGCUCACGAGUCGCGAGAGAGAGAGGAGGAGGAGGAGGAAAGAGAGAGUGAGCGAGGAGGUGAAGGGGGGAGAGAUAGGGUAAUGAAAAUGAUGGCGACCGAUGCAGAGGAGAUAAGAAUCCAAACAAGCCCCUGUCCCAUCCAUGACAACAGUCUCAGCACUCUGUCCAUCAAAAUCACGCGGAAAAACCAGGAUAGACACUGGAAGUUGCGGUUUAUUUACCUGCAGUGCUAUUUCUUGACCAUUGCAACAAUAUUGGGAACUGGAAUCUUAGGUCUCCCGGUAACGAUAUCCCAUGCUGGACUGGUGCCUUUCCUCAUCUCCUUUCUUGUUGGCUUCUUUGUCCAAGCCUUGCUAAUCUACUUGUUUGUGGAACUCCUUCAGAAAUGUCAGGUGGUGCAGCUAGAAUCUCUGAAGACAGGUGUGGCAGAGUGUAUUGUGAUGGACCAGGUGGGCAUGGAGGAUACCGUCCCCACGGAGGAAGAGGAUGAGGAUGAUGGUGAAAAUGCACAAGCAGAUACAGGUUUACUGCAGCCGGAUGCAGUCCCUCUGCACAGCCAAGCAGAGAGCCUGCAGCCCAACCUUCAUCUGCUCGGCUACGUCUUCCUCUCCCGGCCCAUGAGCCACGCCUUCAACUGCAUCCUCCUCUUCCAGUUUAUUUCUAUCGGGAUCAGUUACGUUUUAGCCGGCAGUGAGGCUUAUGCUGCUCUACUUAAUGUCAGCCACAUCUAUGUGAUCCCGGCAUUCACCUGGACUUUAACUCUUGCUAUCCUGCUAGCCCACACAGUCAUCCAGCCAAUCACUUCAGUGCUUACCCUGCUGAAAGGAAUCCUGCUCAUUGUCACGGUGGCCGUGACAUUUGCAGUGGGGUCAGAGGUCGGCCUUCAGAGCAGCAGUGACUUCAGUCAGAUGGGGAAACCUUUCCUAAUGGGCACGGUGGCUCUGGGAGGGAUUGUAAACGUGAUGCCUCUGCUCUUCUCACAAAUCUCACACAACAGAACACAGAUCCUGUGGUUUCGGAGAGCGGUGCUCGGAGGUCUGACAACCUGCACGGUCCUCAACAUCCUCUGGUGCUGGGCAGUGCUGGAAAUCGUGCCACAAACGUCGAUACCUGAGAGGCACCUGUCGGCUGAGACAACAACCCAACACGACCCCAGCAGCCCUCUGCUGUACUCCAACAUCUCACUAGAAGAGUCUGAGAAAGCCGGAGAGAUUGCAACCAUUCCGCUGACUAAGAUUAUUAAUGAACGUUACAGGGCCUACUCCUGGGUGGCCGAGCUGAUCCAGGUGUUUAUAGCCAUCAGCGUCACUGUGUCCUUCCUGGUAAUGGGAUCCGCCAUGAAACACACCAUUGAUGGUCUGGUGAGCGCGUUGUGGAGCAGCAGGAUGGAGUGGCUGUCUAAAGCCUGGGAGAGACACCUGCCCAACAAGGAGCACGUCUGCUCAGCCAAGAGUAUGGCUAAAGGAUUCAUGUCUCUGCUUGCAUUCAUUAUCAUCUUCACCGUGUCAGUGUGUGAUCCCAGGGGUUUUGUUGUCAUGUUGGACAAAGUGGUCUCGUUCUCCCUCAACACUGAAGUUGGACUGUUUAUCUUCAUCAUGCUGAGAGAAUCCAGAGAGGAUAGAUUCCAGCAUCUUGCGGUCCCUCUGCCAGUCGGCGACUGUGUGUUCAGCCUCAGUUGGCUUCUCCCCACCUACUUCCUGUUUGCAGUAACCUACGACGUCCUGCAGACUCUGGCAGAUGUGGCUCAUUACUUGGCUUUCUACAGCCACAGUCAGGACCCACACCAGCACAAUGUGACGGCCGGUCUAACAGCAGCCAACGUCUCCAUCCUGCUCUGAUCCUCGGGCAGAAAACGCCACACACGGACCAGCAGGAGAGGAAAAAUUGCCAAAAUUCAGAAGCUUCGCAAGUGCUUUUAUAUUGUAUUUACACUCAUCAAGCUCUUGAUACAAUUUGAACAUUUUAAAGACAAGCAUGAAUUGUGCUUUUUAAUGCCCAUGUUUUGUUGCAAUGGAAACUUAUCUAUCAACUAUUGUUGCCUCUGCUUUAAAAAUCUGAUAAAUUCAGAUGUUAAUGCAUCUAGUCCUCGCUGUUUUAACCCUUUGGAGUUCGGGGCUAUUUUGUCGGUUUUUGACUCCUUUUCAUUCUGCCUGUAUAAACCACUUAAAAAUCUUUACCAUGACUUGUUGGUAUCAUUGUUUUCAGCACAACCUCACCUAUAUGACCUGACUAUUAUUUUUUUCAUUUUGACCUACUGGAUCAACAUUUUGAACACACAAAAACAUACCAAAAAUUUACAAAAAAACCCAAAAAACUAAAAACACACAAACACACACAUAAAAACACACCAAAAACACACUAAAAACAUACUCUUUUAAUUUUUUACACAAAAAAAACACAUUCUUACAACAUGAGGUCAUGAGGUGUCAUGCUCCGGCGCUUUCAUGGACUCCAGAGGGUUAAAUCUCUAAAUAUGAUAUAAAGUUGAAUUAAACACUAUAUAAUAAAUAUAGGUUGUAUCACUUUCAAUGCAGUAUACAGAGAAUAAAAUGGCAUUUAUUUAAAUGAAAAUGUAAAUUAUUAUGUCAACUUGUUCUCUUAUACAACAGUUUGACUACAGUGGUCCCUCACACCCUCAUCUUCUUUUAUUCUGUCACCAAGUGCAUCAUUGGACAUUUUUAUACUGACAGUGUGACUGUGGAUGAGAGCCACCAGGGGGAGCUGAUGGAUCUACAGUAUGAGACAGUUAGAUUGUUCACAUGCAUGUUCACACCAAGGUUAUAAUGGUUUUGGAUUUUUCAUUAGUUUGACUUUUAAUUUCGUUGUGAUUUUUUGUUUUCAAAUUCAGUUAGUUUUAGUUAGUUUUUAGAGUGAGUUUGCUAGUUUUAAUAAGUUUUUAUUUUUUGGGAAAAUGCUUAGUUUUAGUGUUGUAGUGUUGUUUUUAAAUACAUGUUUCCUUUAUUUCCUUUGCCUGAUCCAUCUCAGCCCCAAAACGUAUUAAGUCAUCAAACCAGAUAGAUUAAAUAGAUUUCAAACCAGCCAAAAAAGGUUUACGUAUGAAAAAAAGUUGCUGAAGACGAAAACAAAGGACAUUUUCACUAUAAUUUUAAUUAGUUUUAGUCAGUUUUGUCACCUUAAAAUACAGUUUCAGUAAGUUAUCUUUUUUUUUUUAAACUCGUUUUUAUUUUUAUUUCAGUUAACGAAAAUGUUUUUACAA